AAAGCAUAAACAAUAUUCUGCGUUUACGAAAAGUACCGUUGUUCAUUGAUUUUUUUUAUAUAUUACGGUGUAUUUAACGUAUUUAUAAGACUUACUGUUUUAUUCAUAUAAUUUUUGCACUUAAAAGUUACAGUUUUGUUAAGUAAUUAUGAGUGAAGUAAAAAUGCCAAUUUUCAAACGAAUGAAUCUGGCUCAAACGAAUCCUAUCGCGGGGAACAAGAAGCGAACCUGGAAGUCCCUGAAGCAAAUCACAGCCUACGAGAGGACGCUCCCGUGGAAAGAAACUGAUGUGACAUAUUCCUCCAUCAACGCGCCACCAUCGUUCGUCCCUGCCAAAAAGUAUUCAGACAUUUCCGGUUUGAUUGCGCCCUACACCGACCCGCAAACCAAACUACACUACAACAACGCGGAAGAGUUUCAGACUGUUCGGAGUCUGCCAAUGGAUUUGACCGCGGGAUAUCUGGCACUGCGGGGUGCGAGCAGUAUUGUUUGAAGAUGCGCUUUGCUGGAUUUGAAGCCUCAUUCAAAACUUCCUACACACCUAAUUUAUACUAAUGCAAUAAAAAAUAAGUUCAACUAAAAACAGAUAUAUUGUUAUUACCUGACCUGAUACAUUUAUGUUCAAUAAAAAAAAACAAACAUAUAUUAAA